CACGGCUUGAUGCACGCAACUCGCGGCCGCGACAAAGCCGGCGCUGACGCUCUUCCUGCGGUCUCACAUGCGCCUGCGAUGAUGUAAAGGAACAUCCUAGAGUCAUCCUAGCACCGCCCUAGCAGCACGGUAGCAUGGUAUACCAGUGAGGGCAGCGUCGUUGGCAACGCCAAUCCGCCGGCUGGUCUCGGAUGGGUGCGACGAACGACAGCAUUUUCGAAUCCAGCGACGAACAAUGGAAAGCGCACUGCAUGCUGCAUGGGCGGCGUCCUACGAUGCGUGGAUGGGCGUACCUGGCCAUGCUGGCGUCAUCUACAACCGCCCAGGUGCGCCCAGCGAAGGCGCCAUGGAGUACCCGGAUUCGGUCUUGGCCUCGCACCUCUUUGCCAUCAUGGCGUGGAACCCCAUGGGCCUUCGCGCGUCGGACGACGACAACGACCGCACGCACAAGGCGCUGAUCACCGACAUUCGGUCGCUGCCUUUGGCGCCUGGCUUCUGGGUCGCGCCUUUCUUUGGCUUCUCAGAGAACUGGCGUGAGCCCGGUUUCGUGGUCGCCUGCCCCGUCGAAGAUACCGGCGCGGUGGCCUCGACCCGAGAGGCUGUGCUAGCGUUAGCAGCCAAGUACCAGCAAGGCGCCAUCUACGAGUACACGCCGGUACCACAGCAACGCCACGUGCUCUUGCGCAAGACCGUGCACUGCCUCUCGUCCCCGGACGUGGACGCCGACGUCUUCCUCGUCCAGACAUCUCGCCCAGACACACCGAUGGCCGAGCCACACGUCGAUCCCAACUAGCUACAAGGAGACAAUAGCGACUCUCCUCAUGUCGCCUUUCUUUUCUGCAAUUCGAUUAUUUUUAG